UCCCAAACACACCACAUUAUUCUGCCACCGAUUUCAAAUUUCAAACCCUCAUAUAAACCCUCCCUUUUCCCCAAUUCUUCAGAAUUUCCAAUUACACACCUCGAUAUAUAUACAUAUAGUAAAUUAGUAGCGUAUACUCAUAGACGACUGGACGCGUAUAUAGGAAUGGAGAUUGUUGGUGGAUUUGAGAUGACGGAAGAGGAAUGUUUGACGCCGAAGCAUGAGGAAUGUCGAAUUCCGGCGGCGUCCGUGUGUCCACCGCCUCCGAGGAAGAAGAAAUCCGAACGCCGGAUGAAACCGGAACCACCAAAGAAGGGGUACUUUCAGCCACCGGAUCUUGAGACUCUGUUUGCCAUGGGACCAAGACCAGAAGCUUGUGCUUAAUUAGCUCUCCCUCUCUGCCUGUGCGUACGUGUUGUUAUAUUCUUUUAUUGGUAGAAUUAGAGACGAUAUUUACAGUAUAUAUAUAUUAGGAUGUAAGCCCAAGUUCCUUUUCUUUUCUAGAUCGUGGUUCAUAUAUAUGUAUGAUUUGUUCAUUCUUUUUGUUAAAUGAAGAUCAAAAAUCAAGAUCUUCUUGUUACGUAUCAAUUUGGGGUUCGUGUACCGUCACCGCUAUUUUA